AAUUUCCUUCUUUUCCAUUAAACCUUCGUAAGGUUAAGUUGUAUUUUCAUUGCGCUCCGCAGGAAAAUUUUAUAAUCAUUAAAAAAUGAGUGAAACUCUGCAAUUGCGCGGUACCCUUGUUGGACACACUGGCUGGGUAACACAAAUCGCCACCAACCCAAAGGAUCCCGAUACCAUCAUCUCGGCUUCUCGUGAUAAGACACUUAUCGUCUGGAAAUUGACCCGCGAUGAGGACACCAACUACGGUUUCCCACAAAAGCGUUUGUACGGUCACUCGCAUUUCAUCAGCGAUGUCGUGCUCUCAUCCGAUGGUAACUACGCUCUGUCUGGCUCAUGGGACAAGACUUUGCGCUUGUGGGAUUUGGCUGCUGGCAAGACCACCCGUCGUUUCGAAGAUCACACCAAGGAUGUGCUCUCCGUUGCCUUCUCCGCUGACAAUCGUCAAAUUGUCUCGGGAUCUCGGGACAAGACCAUCAAGUUGUGGAACACUUUGGCCGAGUGCAAGUUCACCAUCCAGGAAGAUGGACACAGCGAUUGGGUAUCGUGCGUGCGUUUCUCACCAAACCACUCCAAUCCAAUCAUCGUGUCUUGCGGUUGGGAUCGCACCGUCAAGGUCUGGAAUUUGGCUAACUGCAAGUUGAAGAACAACCAUCACGGCCACAAUGGCUACUUGAACACCGUGACUGUCUCACCUGACGGUUCACUGUGCACAUCCGGUGGCAAGGACUCCAAGGCCUUGUUGUGGGAUCUCAAUGACGGCAAGAACUUGUACACUUUGGAACACAACGACAUCAUCAACGCUUUGUGCUUCUCACCCAACCGUUACUGGUUGUGCGUCGCCUAUGGCCCAUCAAUCAAGAUCUGGGAUUUGGCAUGCAAGAAGACCGUCGAGGAGCUCCGCCCCGAAGUUGUGUCGACCAGCUCCAAGGCUGAUCCACCACAAUGUUUGUCGUUGGCUUGGUCCACCGAUGGCCAGACUCUGUUCGCUGGCUACUCUGACAAGACCAUCCGCGUCUGGCAAGUCUCCGUCUCCGCCCACUAAGAAGCCCAUGCUUCUUGUGGCAAGUAUCUGUCGAUGCCCAAUAAGCGCCAGUGCUUUGAGAGGUAGAAAGCAGAUACGGACGCUUAAUUGCAGCAUCAUUCUUCUAAUUUUAAUUACAAUUUUGGUAAACUACCUAAAUAAUAGGUAUUCAAUGUGAAGUGUAUGCGAAAAGGAAAAAUGUGCUGUAUUUAAAAAGUGAAUUCAUUGAGCGCUGAUUUGUUUAUUAUAUAAGCAAAUAAAUAACAAGAAAAUGUCAAAAAACAAAAAAAAAAGUGAAAA